AUGUCUUCAGGAGUGACCGUAUCUUCCGAUGCGAAGACAGUCUACGAUGAGGUGAAGAAGGAUAAGAAGUACCGGUAUAUCAUAUAUCACAUCAAAGACGAGAGGGUGAUAGACGUGGAGUCCAUCGGAGCACGUGAUGUCACAUACACUGAGUUCUUGGAGAUACUGCGGAACUACCAAAACGAGUGCAGAUACUGUGUGUUUGACUUCCCGGCUAACAUUGCCGGACAGGGGAUGUCGGCGCUGAGUGUGGACCGACUGGUGCUCAUGACGUGGUGUCCCGAGAGCUCGAGGAUAGGAACUACGACAACGAGUGCAGAUACUGGGAUGUCGGCGCUGAGUGUGGACCGACUGGUGCUCAUGACGUGGUGUCCCGAGAGCUCGAGGAUCAGGCAGAAGAUGCUGUACUCGUCAUCCUAUGGCGCCCUCAAGAAGGCGUUGGUCGGGGUCUAUAAGUACGUCCGGGCGUCCGAUGUCGAGGGGGCCUCCCAACAGAUCAUUGAGGAGGCCUUCCGAAAGGGCAGCCAAUGA